AAAUAAAAGCUCCUCUUAUAAGGAUGUCCAGAGCUGGGGUUGAGCUCAAAACACAGGAGAAGCUUUGGAGCAGCAGUGUGUGUGUGUGUGUACAGAUACAGGAACAUCCACAAUGAGAACUCUGAUACUACUCGGGCUAUGUGGCCUUGUUGCACUCUGUGCUGCAGACUCCUCAGAGUCCAACGAGAUUGACGAUGCCAUGUUCCUCAGGAGGAGAGAUGCCAAUUUCUUCAUGAGACCAGCAAGGCCAAGCAACCCGUGGGAGAGGAUGCGCAUCAAGUCACCGUAUGAGCUGAACAGGGAGCAGUGUGAGGAGUUCCGCCCCUGUGACAUGCUCGCCCGGCAGAUCGGACACCGACAAGCCUACGGCAGGUACUUCGGCAACGCCCAGCCACAGGCCAACGGCUACCGCCGGCAACGGUCCCACAGGCAGAGAGGCAGUCGCAGCCGGCAACACUACUACCGAUACUAGGCCCCGCACCUUCACACACGCUACACAGACGCUACACAGACGCACGCACUACAGUCACACACUACACACACAACACACAAUACACAAACUAGACACAACACACACACUAAACAGCCAGACACACACACACUACACACAGUUAGAUACACUUAAGGGCCUGUCCCACUAGGCCGUCUUUGCACCUCACGCAGAUGGCGCGCGAAGAUUUUGUACAUCACAAAAUCCUGGGACGCCGCGAGCAACCGCGCGCCACUGCUUAUGUCAUCACGGACCAUUCGCGCAUCACGUGCGUGUCACGAGUCGUGCAUCGUGACGCGUAAAUGAUGUCACGUAAAUUACGCGCCAAUGACGGCCAAGUGGGACAGGCCCUUUAGACACAACAUACAAACACACACACACACACACACAAGACACACACAGAGUACAGUCUCACACACAACACACACGCUAAUACACUCACACACUUCCAAGAUCCAAGAUGGCGUCCAACGCAGACGACUCUUAGCACGUUGGUCACAGACCUGGACGCAUUACAAUCGCUCCACCCUUUUAAAUCUCUACUCUGAUAUAUGUGCACACUGUGGGCGGCUCGAUCGGAAUCAUGUACCCCCUUUCCGCGGACUGGUUGGCACACGACAAGAAAGCUUUUCACUGUACCUCGGUAUACGUGACAAUAAACUAGACUCAAAUUCAAACACACACGUACACACACGUACACACACGUACACACAUGCGCACGCACGCCAAUAGGAGCCGCGGUUAGCAGGGGGCAACGUUAAAUGAAUACAGAAAGUGGAGUAAACGUCCAGCAGGUCAGGCAGCGUCCAUGGUGAGAGAUGUCCUGACAAUGGCAACCUCCCGGUGCCCACGGUGAGAGCUCCUCACCCUUCCUCUCAAGGUGGUUCAUGGUCUCCCCAGUCACAGCUCCACGGAGCACCUGCCCCAGGGUGUCCCAGAAUCACUGCCCCUGUCUGCCCUUCAUCGCAGACUCGAUGGGCCGAAGGGCCUGUUCCCCUCACAAAC